UCAUCGUAGAACACCUUAUAUCAAAACAGCGGAGCGGUGGCUGCAGUGAGCCCCUCAGCCCAUUUGUAAUAAAGCGAGUUUUGACUUUACAUACUUCGUUUCUUAUAUAUUAUUGUGCUCAAUCGACACUAGCAAAUACUCACACUAGUAGUGACUUGUCAUAAGCGUUCUUAACUAUACUGCUGUCACGAUACGAAAAUUUGUGAUUUACUAACUACUUAUUUCCAUUCAAAUAAUUUUGGACCAUUUAAGGUGAAUAAGGUGAAAGCUUAUAAAAUUUUACUUAAAAAACUUUCACAAUGAUGGUGCAAAAGGAACAAAGUGAAUUAAGUAUAUUCAAAGUAGUACUCAUGCACUGUAUUUACAUCAUAGCAUUUCCUGUUAUUGCUUUCUUUCUAAGCAAAUUUUUACUGUCUAAUGGUAUUUUUGGAUUAAGUGCAGUUGCAAGUAACGUUUACGCAGCAGGAAUUGCAAUACUUGUCUUACAUGUAGCGUUAGGAGCUUUCAUAUAUAAAGCUUACACUGAUUCUUCAGGUUCCACAAAGCCACAGUCCAAAGCAGAUUGAUCAAACUUUUUUUAUUUGUAUUUACUUAGAUAUAAAAAUGCAUCUAACUACUUUAUUAAAAUAUUUUUAG